AGGAGGCGAAGCUGUCGGACGCGAGCCCGAUGACGCUUUGUCGGCACGAAGAUGCCUUGGCUGUCGCUGUCCAACCCAGUAAGGAUGGGAACACUCGCGAGGUUGACAGAAGAUGCAACGCAAUCUCGAAACCGCGAUCGUUUCGAGGAGUUGGGUGCACCUAUUCAACAUGAUGAUAGCAACAAUCUAAAAAAAGGCGCGGCGUGUGGCGCUCCCCGGUGCGUCCUCCUUCCGCCAUGGAAGCAAGUGCUCGAAGCGACUCUCUCGACCGCAAUGGGUGGGUCGAGAUCGUUGACGAGCACGGGAUCGUCGUGUACAAGCAUGUACAGAGCGGGCAUUGUCAAUCGCAUCUGCCCGUUGUGGCCGCCCCGUCCGAGUACAAGAGCAUGAAGAGCGCGAAGUCGCGUCGAAGUCUUGCGCAUCAUCCGUCGUCAAACGAUGACGAGAAGAUGUUCCAAACUCAGGCCCUCCGCAACGUUAGCAGGAGCAUGAUCAGCGACUACAUGGCUGAAGUCGACAAGUUCAACAUGGCCAAACCAUACGCGCGCCACCCUGACGGAACCUACGACGAUUCACCAUGCGUCGUGUGCAAAGCUGGACCGACACACAUGGUGUUCUUUCCUUGCCAGCACAAGUGUGUGUGCGAUAGCUGCAUCAAGUCCCUCGGCGGAACCACGUCGUUUGUGGGAGGUUGUCCAGUGUGUCUAAGUGAAGUCAAGGUGAUGUUUGAGUACACAGGGCGGGAAGCGGACGAGUACUGGGACUGGGUCUACGAUGUGAAGCCGCAUCUGUCGCGGGCAUUCGAUGUCAAGUUCAAAGCGACUGCGUUCAAGCUUGCAAAGACACAUGGAACUGGGGCUGUGGUCGUGCCUACCAACGACCACGGGGUAUUGCAUCGUCGAAUAUCGCAGUUCCUCGGUCGACCGCAUCAGGGCCCGUUGCCCCUCGAGCGAGACCAUGGCGGCCGCCGGAAGACGUGCGUGCUCAUGUAGCUCGUCGCGGUCUUCCGUUUCUCAUCUCUCCUUCCAUUGUUAUUUUCGCCACCGAUAUUUAAUCCCACACAUGAUCGCUCCAUGCCACGACGGACUGACUUUCGCUCGCGCGCGUUCUUCC